AUGUUCUCAACCCGCUCUGUCAGAUGCUUCCCAUCACGGCCUUUUUUGCUUCUGUUUUUCUUCCUCAGUAUCCUAUUGAUUUUCAAGAGUGAGGUGGAGGCCUUUCCGACCUUUGGCGGCCAUUCUCACGACGAGCUUUACCGGGAUCUUGGUCUUUCCACCUACGCCUCCAAGGCGGAUAUUCGCAGCGCCUUUCGCCGGCUCGCGCGCGAAUGCCAUCCCGAUCUCAAAGACGGAUUUGAGGCGAAAGAUGCGGCCAAGCUCCAGAUGGCGAAGGUGCUUCGCGCGUAUGAAAUUCUCUCGGAUGAGGCGAAGAAACUUCAGUACGACCAAACCGGUGUGAUCCCCGGCGAGCCUUUUAACCCCCAAGGGACCUCCGUGGAUGAUAUGUUCGUUCAUUUUCACCAACCCGUCCCGAUCUUCUCGAAAACGAUGACGUUGGAGUCGGAGGCGCUGCUCGAGCGGAUUCUCGCCUUCCGGGGUGCGCGUUUGUUUGUCUUUCAGGUUUACGACGACCACUGCAAGCAGUGCCGGGCCUUUUCCACCGUCUGGGAGGCCUUUCGCCUCACCAGCAUUGUCGAGGCCGGGCUUGUGGAGAUGCUCCGGAUUGACGCGAAGUCCUCCGAGGGCGCCGCGCUGCUUUCGAAGCUGAAGAUUAAGUAUAGCGGCUCGCCGAUGGUUUUCCUUUAUGUGGACGGCUCGAAGUGGCCCUUUCACGCCCUCGCCAAGACGCUUGGGAGCGGCAGUAAUCGCCAGGUUUACCAGGAAUUACAGAAUUUCAUCAUGGGGUUCUUCCAAGACGGGCAAUCCGCAAUUCGCGAGAUCGGGGACGACCAAACAAGCGCCGUGUUGAAUUUCCUCCACGAGCCUCGCCCGGUUGAGCGUCCGAUGCGCGUUUUACUUCCGCGGUAUCUUUCCUUGGACUUCUUCCCGGUGACGCUUCGGAUGCGGUAUGGAAAUGUGGACAUUGCCCAGGUUCCUCGGGACCUCAUGCUUCAUCUGAUCGAGCGCUGCGAACUUAAAAUUGACCUUCGAAACAGCUUCGGCGAGAAAGUCGAGGUCCCCGCCUUUAUUAUCCUCUCCCAGCAGGAAGUGCCGAUACUCGGCAAUUCCACCGAUUCCCUGGGGAGUCUGGCGAGCUGCGAGGGCCUCCACGUCGGGGCCUCCAUCGCGCUGACGUACAAAAAAGCGGCGGAGUUCGUCGGGUCAUUCGUCCCCCCCCCGCAUCCCGACAUGGGGGAUUUGACGUAUCUCGAUUCGAUGAAUUUUUACCAAAUUUGCAAAGAAAACUGCCUGGUGUGGGUUCGCCGGGACUGCGGGCCGGGGCCGAGCGAUGUUUUUCCACCCGACCCCGACGACGAUUCGUGGGCGAUUCGCCGGGGGGAUGCGAGCCCGCCCGAGCAGGAUGCCGACGUGCAGAAGAUGGUCGCCCUGCUCAAACGCGAUUAUUAUUCUUUCAAGACGGGCUAUAUGUGCGCGAAUCAGCAGCCUUUCUUGUCGGCGCGCUUUCCCGAGCUGGCGAUGUUCUCAGGGCCCUUUCUUUUCGCCAUUCAAAACAGCAAUGACGGCAUGCCGUAUUGGUUUUCGCAUCCUGCGCGGAUGCCCUUUUCGGCGUUGAACGCCUCGAUGAUCGAUCGCGGGCUUUCGGAGCUGAUGAGCGAGGAUGACGAGAUGCCGAAGGAGGCCAUUCCCAUCCCAGGACCGCGAAUCACCACCCUUUUCCCCACCCAAACCUUCCCCAUUUCGAAAAAACAGUGGUAUUUUCACAUGUUCGCGAACCUUGACAGCACGAUUGGGUCGGUGUUUGGAGGUAUCAUGCCCUUCGUCAUCAUGUAUCUUGUCCACACCAAAAUCAUCAAUCCCGCCCAAGACCGCGAGAACCCCACCAGGGGAACUACGAGUGGGGCGACGUCGACCUCAUCGGAGCCGUAUCGGAUUUCCAUUUUUACCCCCGCGGAUGUCCGCGAAGCGAAGGGCGGGAGCGGGUUUUUAAUUCUCAUUUUUGACAAGCGAGCCGAUUCCGGGCGCGCCUUCUUACCGCAGACCAAUCUCGCCAGAGAUCCGCGUUUAACGCUUCGCGUGGUCAGCUCGGCGCAGGAUCAAUGGCGGCGGUGGAUGAAAGAGCUCACGGCCAAUGGCACCAAUAAUAAUACUGAACGCAAUGGCCAAGAACUCGAAUUGUAUGUUUUGGCGAUUUGUAAAUCUAAAAUGAAGGCCGUAGCGAAGCCUCGCGGGCAAGGUCUGGAUUCUUUUUUUGGCGAUUUGCUUAAAGGUAAACUCCCCGUAACCGAAGAACUCCCCGGAUGGGCUCUUCAAUAA